UUUAUAGAUCCAUUUACAGACAACAUUUUAUAUUCCAAAGAAGUAGCCUAAAAAAUUAAUUAAUUAAUUAUUAAAAAAUAAAGGAAAAAAAUGGAGAAAAAUAUAGAGGAAUUGAGAAUGUACUUUAAGGCAGGAAAAACAAGAGAAAUAUCAUGGAGGAAGAAGCAGUUGAAUGGAUUAUUGAAUUUUAUGAUUGAAAAAGAAGAAGAAAUAUUCAAAGCACUUAAAAAUGAUCUUGGUAAACACCCAGUUGAAUCAUUUAGAGAUGAGGUGGGACCACUUAUUAAGGACAUUAAUGCAGCAUUGGACAACUUAGCCGAUUGGAUGUCUGGUAAAAAGAUUAAAUUACCAUUAGCAGCAUAUAGUACAUCAGCAACCCUAGUGGCAGAACCUCUUGGUGUAGUCCUCAUAUUUUCGACAUGGAAUCUACCAUUCGGAGUAUCAAUUGAACCACUAAUAGGAGCAUUAGCAGCAGGAUGCACAGCAGUGGUAAAACCAUCAGAAUUAGCUCCUGCUUCCUCUGCACUUCUUGCUGCAGCUAUCCCAAAUUAUGUUGAUUCUGAAGCUGUUAAGAUUAUUGAAGGGGGAAUUGAUGUUUCUUCACAACUCUUGCAGUAUAAAUGGGACAAAAUCUUCUUUACAGGUAGCAGUCAAGUGGGGCGAAUAGUAAUGGCUGCAGCCGCGAAGCAUUUGACGCCAGUAGUUUUGGAAUUGGGUGGAAAAUGUCCUUGCAUCAUCGAUUCGCUGUCUAAAUCUUGGCGUACAGAGAUCAUUCUUAAACGCUUGCUGAGCGGAAAGUUUGGGACAACCAGCGGUCAAGCGUGUAUUGGAGUCGAUUAUAUCCUUGUCGAAGAGAAACUGGCCUCGACUUUGGUUGAUUUAUUGAAGAAUAGUAUCAGGAAAACUUAUGGGGAAAAACCCGAAAAUUGUGUUGCAAGAAUAAUCAACAAACAUCAUUUUCAGCGAUUGAAGGCACUUAUCGAUGAACCUCGAGUCAAAAAAUUGAUUGUGUAUGGUGGCUCAUAUGACGAGGAUAAACUGUUUAUUGAGCCAACCAUAUUGUUGAACCCUCCUUUGGAUGCUGAAAUCAUGAAAGAAGAAAUUUUUGGGCCUUUACUCCCUCUAAUUACAAUGAAGAAUAUUGAGGACAGUAUUGAAUUCAUAAAUUCAAGGCCAAAGCCACUUGCAAUAUAUUGCUUCACCAACAAUAAUAAACUCAUGCAAAGAGUAGCUUCAGAGACAUCAUCUGGUGCACUUUUAUUCAAUGACACAGUUAUUCAGUAUGCAGCUGAAGCAAUACCAUUUGGAGGGGUGGGAGAAAGCGGUAUUGGAAGAUAUCAUGGCAAAUAUUCAUUUGAUAUAUUUAGCCAUGAAAAACCAGUGCUUAAGAGAGAUUUAUUCCCGGAUUUUUGGUUCAGAUAUCCUCCUUGGACCAGUAAAAAGCUAGAGCUCUUUAGAGCUGCUUUUUUGUACAAAUACUUCAUCAUCGUCCUCGUCGCUUUGGGCUUCAAAAAGUCUCGAAAAAUCCCCAAUAUCGAGGCGUAGGAUCAUGUAAAACCACUAAAAAUGGUAAAUCAAGGAAUUGCAAGUUAUUUUAUCCAAUACUUCUAAGCUGCUUGAUGUUGGAUAACUAUUAGAGAUUGUAACACUAAUAAAUUCAAUGAGCUACUUCUUUUAAUUUUAGCUGCUGCGUAAAUUUGUUAGAACUUAUUUAUUAGCUUGAGUAACCCACUUAUAAGCUUAAGUAGAAGAGGCUCACUACUAAAAUCAAUUAGUGAUUGAAGACUACUCUUCAAAUUUAGAGCAUAUUUAUAUAUAUUUUUCCAAUGUAAGGAAAUUCAAGUGUAGGAAUACAAUGGGCAAUUUUCUUCUUCAUAUAUGAGUAUUCUUAUAGUAGUUUUUUGCUCUUCAAAUUUAGAGCAAUAUUUAUAUAUAUUCCAAUGUAAGGAAACUCAAGUGUAGGAAUACAAUGGGCAGUUUUCUUCUUCAUAUAUAAGUAUUCUUAUAGUAGUUUUUUGCUCUUCAAAUUUAGAGCGAUAUUUAUAUAUAAUCCAAUGUAAGGAAACUCAAGUGUAGGAAUACAAUGGGCAGUUUUCUUCUUCAUAUAUAAGUAUUCUUAUAGUAGUUUUUUGCUCUUCAAAUUUAGAGCGAUAUUUAUAUAUAAUCCAAUGUAAGGAAACUCAAGUGUAGGAAUACAAUGGGCAGUUUUCUUCUUCAUAUAUAAGUAUUCUUAUAGUAGUUUUUUGCUCUUCAAAUUUAGAGCGAUAUUUAUAUAUAUUCCAAUGUAAGGAAA